CACAACUCACUCAAUCGAAGAGUAUAACAAUAUUGCUUCGUUCUUUCUCGUGAGCUUCCUUUGAUUUUCAAAGCAUUCGAUAGAGGAGCAUUAAUUUCCUCGUGGAAUGCGCUAGCUUCUUCUGCUAAUUGCUUUUAAAACUAAAAGCAGUGAUCUUUCACUCAUAAAAGCUUCCUUUUCAUAACUCAUAGGAGUAAUUCUUUUGCAUAAAGCUUAAUAAUUUGUGUGAACACUUUCGACUCAGCAGCAGCUAGCGAGGGCUUUUCAUUUGCUGCACCGAACUUAAGAGCUCAAAAAUGACGGUCACACCAAAGAUCUCCAUCAACGAUGGGAACCUUGUGGUCCAAGGGAAGACCAUUCUGACAGGAGUGCCUGAUAACAUUGUGCUGACUCCGGGACCUGGCGUGGGGCUUGUCACCGGUGCUUUCAUUGGUGCCACGGCUUCUGAUAGUAAAAGCCUCCAUGUGUUCCCUAUGGGUGUUUUAGAGGAUCUUAGAUUCAUGUGUUGUUUCCGAUUUAAGCUAUGGUGGAUGACACAAAGAAUGGGGACAUGUGGGAAAGAUGUUCCUUUGGAGACCCAAUUCAUGCUCAUAGAGAGCAAAGAUGACACAGAAGGAGGCAAUCAAGAUGAUACCCCAACCAUCUACACUGUCUUCCUCCCUCUCCUUGAAGGCCAGUUCCGUGCUGUUCUGCAAGGCAACGACAAGAAUGAGAUAGAGAUUUGCCUCGACAGUGGAGAUAAUGAUGUAGAGACAAAUCAAGGCCUUCACCUUGUUUACAUGCAUGCUGGAACCAAUCCCUUUGAAGUAAUCAACCAAGCUGUAAAGGCUGUAGAAAAGCACAUCCAAACUUUUCUUCAUCGCGAGAAGAAAAAGUUGCCUUCUUUCCUUGACUGGUUUGGCUGGUGCACAUGGGAUGCUUUUUACACCGAGGUCACAGCUGAGGGUGUUGAACAAGGCCUUAAAAGCUUAUCUGAUGGAGGGACACCACCAAAAUUCCUUAUCAUAGAUGAUGGUUGGCAACAGAUUGAAAAUAAAGCCAAGGACACCAAUUGUGUUGUACAAGAAGGAGCACAGUUUGCAACCAGAUUGACAGGAAUAAAAGAGAAUGAAAAAUUCCAAAAGAACGGCCAGAAAAAUGAACCUGGCUUGAAGCAAGUUGUGGAUGAAGCCAAGCAACAUCACAAUGUGAAGUUUGUGUACGUAUGGCAUGCUUUAGCUGGCUACUGGGGUGGAGUGAAGCCGGCAGCUUCUGGUAUGGAACACUAUGACACUGCUCUUGCAUACCCAGUGCAGUCCCCCGGUAUAAUGGGCAACCAACCAGACAUUGUCAUGGACAGCCUCGCCGUCCAUGGCCUGGGUCUGGUGCAUCCUAAGAAGGUCUUUGACUUCUACAAUGAGCUUCACGCUUACUUAGCUUCAUGUGGAGUAGAUGGAGUAAAAGUUGACGUACAGAACAUUAUUGAGACUCUUGGUGCUGGCCAUGGUGGUAGAGUUUCUCUCACACGUAGCUACAGCCAGGCCCUUGAGGCCUCAAUUGCUCGAAACUUCUCUGAUAAUGGAUGCAUUGCUUGCAUGUGUCACAACACUGAUGGGAUCUAUAGUGCCAAGCAGACUGCUGUGGUCAGAGCUUCUGAUGACUUUUACCCUCAUGACCCUGCUUCCCACACCAUCCAUAUUUCAUCUGUGGCUUACAACUCUCUCUUCCUUGGAGAAUUCAUGCAACCUGACUGGGAUAUGUUCCAUAGUCUACACCCAGCAGCAGAUUAUCAUGGUGCCGCUCGUGCAAUUGGUGGCUGUCCAAUCUAUGUUAGUGAUAAACCUGGCAAUCACAAUUUUGAACUUUUGAAGAAGCUGGUCCUCCCUGAUGGAUCAGUUCUCCGUGCGCAGCUACCUGGUAGACCCACUCGUGACUGUCUCUUUGCUGAUCCAGCUAGAGAUGGGACAAGCUUGCUCAAGUUAUGGAAUGUGAAUAAAUGCUCUGGAGUAGUUGGUGUGUUCAACUGCCAAGGUGCUGGAUGGUGCAAGAUUGAGAAGAAGACCCGCAUCCAUGAUGCAUCUCCUGGCACCCUUACUGGUUCCGUUCGAGUUGCUGAUGUUGAACUCAUUUCUCAAGUUGCCGGUGCAGAUUGGAAUGGAGAGAUGAUAGUUUAUGCCUAUAGAUCAGGGGAAGUGGUUCGGUUGCCAAAGGGUGCUUCACUGCCUGUGACACUAAAAGUUCUUGAGUACGAACUUUUCCAUUUCUGUCCACUUAAGGAAAUAACAUCCAGUAUUUCAUUUGCACCAAUUGGCUUGCUCGACAUGUUCAACACUGGUGGUGCUGUGGAGCAGGUUGAGAUCCACAUGGCUUCAGACAGGAAACCUGAGCACUUUGAUGGUGAAAUUUCCUCGGAACUGACUACUUGCCUCAGUGAGAACCGAUCUCCAACCGCAACAAUUACGCUCAAAGUCCGGGGAUGUGGACGGUUUGGUGUUUACUCUUCCCAGCGCCCAUUGAAGUGCAAUGUGGGCGGUGCUGAGACCAGCUUCAACUAUGACUCUGCCACUGGAUUGGUUAAUUUUGACAUCCCUGUGGCAGAAGAGGAGAUGUACAGAUGGCCUAUUGAAAUCCAAGUUUAAGUAGUUCAAUACAACGAACUUGUUGAGUAGCAUGCUACCAUUAUUAGGGAGAGGUGAUGCAUGGCUUUAGACUAGGUGACUAGGUGACAAUGUGUACUACAAGGUGGAGUGAAGGAGAGCUUUACAUUUGAAUAACUGGGGCGAACCAUGUCUUGUUGUUUCCAUUUCUCUUUAAUAAAAAUGCUUAUUUCUUUAUGUGCUAUAAA